GAGUGUCGGUAAGCGGCCACUCUAUGCGCUUUCUCCACUCCACCUAGGAAGUCGAUUUCGAGAGUCGCACCUCAAUGAUCUCAUUCAAGACGAGGGCUGCUGGCCAUCAUAACUGAGUAUGGCAACUCCUCUCCUUGCGACUGCGACUUCCUGAGCAUUCCCCGCUUUACGACAUGACCGCAUCGACGACAGCAGCAGCGUCUGACGGUCGUCGCGGAUUGCAGCAACUUCAACAGCACCACCAUCAUCCUCACUCUCACAUUCGUCGACCGCAGAUCCUAGCAUUCGGCGACGACCAGGAGGCUCUCGUCAAGGAGCCGGAGCCGGAGACGCCUCCACCCUUUCCCUUGGAUCACGUCCUCGAGUCCUUUCCUGCUUCGCCCAUGUCUGCGACGAGCACUCUUUCUCCCUCCUCUUCGGGCUCUAAUGCAGAGGCAGGGAGCGUAGCAGGUGUCGUUGAGGGGGAGCACGAUGCGAACAAGCAGGCUGAUGUCCUAAGCACCUCGCCAAGCGAAUGGGACGCUGCGAGGGAGCAAGCCUGGGAGAGCGUCCACAAGAGGGCUGGCCGGAGGAGGAGGGCAAUUGGGAACAAGAUUGAUCAGGCUAGACGGACGCCGCGCCAUCGAGACGAAAUCGAGUCGUCGUACUAUACAGGCCGUCAGGACGCUCAGCAGCAGCCAGACCGGGGCAUGAGCCUCCUUGAUAGCGAGACCACCGACGACGACGAUGAAGGGCUCGAGGAGAUUAAUUCAAGGUCGCUGCACGACGUCGAGGAGGAUGACCUCGACGAGGCGGACGCAUCAAGGCAGAGAGGUCCGAGGGAAGGCCAAGCAUCUCCAUCAGGCUUGACCGAGGUCGAGACGCCCAGCAACGAGGUCAUGUUCCAGGCCUUCAUCGACGAGUUUGGCGAGCUGCAGCAAAGCCAUGACCACAAAGAGGAAGAGAAGUGGAUCGGCGCCAUCACCGCCAUCCUCAUCAAUUCGGUUACCAUUCGCGGCUCCCUCCUCAUGACGUCUCACCGCCUCGCAUUUGUAGCCAUGGUGCCAGCAGGUGGCACACAGCCCAAGGGUAGCGGGUCCAGGACGGGAAAACCCGACGCGCACCCUCAGAACCGCAUCAUUCGCAAAGGCCCAGCCAUCCUGCACUUCCCCGGCUGGCGACGACAUCGCACCGCCUGGUUCGAGCUGCGCGACGAUUCGCUGGUAUGCUACCGCAACUCGACUUCCCUCUAUACCCCGGUAGGCUCAGCCAGGCUCAGCGACAUGACUUUGAAGCCACUCGAGUGGUCACGCUCUGGCAAGGUCAAGAACAACUCGACGAAAAUCCACCUUCAUGGCCCCACAGGAAUCUACACACUCGAAUUCUUCUCGCACGAGACGGCCGUCAGCUGGUACAAGGACUUCGAGGCAGCCAUGUGGUCCUACAGCAAAGCGCAGGAGCGCGUAAGGUUGCUGGUCCCCCUCGAACGGCUCAAGGUCUUCCGCGUCGAUCUUGAGAAGCGGGUCCAUAUAUCAUUGCAGCUCGAGGUGCUGAUGAACACACCCAAGCACCAUGACGGGCACUACGGUCGCUCCGAAACGCAAAGCUUCGAGCUUGGCUGCUUUUCCCGUGACAUCUGCUCGAUCAAUGAGCUCGAGGAUGCAUAUGAGAGCGCACAGAAGAGGACAAGAGCGGACAUUUACGAUCCCAGCUCGAUCCCAGCGCCAAUAACCGAGAUCGAGGGGUCGCGAGAAAAGGCUGAGGCGCUCAACGAAGCUGCCAGUCAUGCAGACUCCGACGGUCUGAGCGCUCGUCUCGUCAAGCUCUUCACCCUUAACGACGCGCCAGACGAUCUCAAAAUCGUCAAAGCCGACAUCAUCAAGGGCUACCCGCUGUCCGGCACUCUCGCUGUCGGCGCCGAGUAUCUUGUCUUCUAUCGUCAUCGUCUGCCUCCUUUCCACGACGUACGCGUAAAGGUACCUCUCAGCGAUCUCGUAGGCGUCGAAAAAGGCAGCUCACUCAAGUUUCACUACCAUGGCAUCAAGAUCCUCAUUCGUGGCAACCCUUCGCUGCACUUUGAGCUGAAGAGCACCAAGCUUCGAGACUUGGUAAUGAAGGCGCUCGAGGGCAUUUGCGAGCAGCGUACUGAGCAAGAAUCGACCCUCGCUGCUCCAGUCGGUCAGCCGAGCCACACCUCAACGAUGUACGCAGACCCACUUGAGGUGUUGCUUGCCCCUGUCAAAGCCCAAAAGACGACAGUGUUGCCGUACGAGACGAUCAAGCAGUUACCACGCCUCAUCAAUCCCGCUGCCGACUACAGGCUAUCCGUCGAGCCGAUGAGAGUCAUCUGCUUGACCAUUGGCUCUCGAGGAGACGUCCAGCCAUACAUUGCACUUGCCGUCGCCCUCAAGGCACACGGCCACUCUCCCGUCAUCGUCUCGCACCCAGAGUACCGCGAGUGGGUUGAGAAGUACGGCAUCGAGUUUCGAGGCGCAGGUGGCGACCCGGGCGCCCUCAUGAAGCUCAGCGUAGAGCAUCGCCUCUUUUCUCCAGCGUUCUUCCGCGAGUCGCUGGGUAAGUUCCGCGCCUGGCUCGACGAGCUCCUCCGAGAAAGCUUCGAAGGGUGUUGGGACGCCGACCUCAUCAUCGAAAGCCCCUCAACAAUGGCAGGCAUCCACGUUGCCGAAGCGCUACAGUGCUACUACUUCCGUGCCUUCACCAUGCCCUGGACCCGCACUGCAGCCUUUCCUCAGGCCUUCUCCGUCCCACCAGUCGACUUGGGUGAGGCGUACAACCUCAGCUCGUACACCCUCUUCGACCGCGUCUUCUGGCAGGCAACGAGCGGCCAGAUCAACAGGUGGCGACGUCAUAUGCUCGGCCUUGCCCCGAUCAACUUCGCAGAGCUUGACCAGGACUCGGUUCCUUUCGUCUACAAUUUUUCGCCUGCUGUUGUGCCCCACCCUGUCGACUGGGCUGACCGCAUCGCCGUUUCCGGCUACUGGAAUCUCGACUCCUCGGCAGAGCAGUGGGAUCCACCGCAAGAGCUGACCAACUUCAUGGAGAAAGCACGCAAGGAGGAUAAGAAGAUUGCCUACAUAGGCUUUGGCUCUAUCACGGUGCCUGACCCGCACAAGGUCACUUCGAACAUCUACGACGCAGUCGUGAAGGCCGACGUACGAGCUAUUGUUGCCAAGGGCUGGUCAAGCAGGGCUGGAGAUAGGGAGAGCACAGGCGAGCAGGGUGAGCCAGAGGUCCCGGCCGAAGUCUACGUCGUCGACUCGAUUCCGCACGACUGGCUAUUUCCCAAGAUCGAUCUCGCCCUUCACCACGGCGGCGCAGGCAGUACGGGUGCAUCUUUGCGAGCCGGUCUAGUCACUUUGAUUCAUCCCUUCUUUGGCGACCAAUUCUUCUGGGCUGGCCGUGUGCAGAAGCUUGGUGCAGGACUGCGCAUCGGCGAUCUCGACGUCGACAACAUCGCCGAGGGCCUGAAGAAGGCAUCACAGGACCGCAUAAUGCGGGAGAAGGCGACGAGCGUGGGAGAGCUGAUUCAGAGCGAGGAUGGGGUGGGCAACGCCAUCGCAUUUAUCGAGUCGCAUUUGGCGCUGAGCGAGCGCAAGUACCAUCCGUUGAAGAAGAAGCGCGACAGUAGCAGCAGCGGUGGCGUCGCAAGCCAUGACGAAGAUGAGGAAGAGAACGAUGAGGAGGAUAAGGAGAACGACGAGUGCAUCCAGCGUGACUCCAGCAUCCUACGCCGAGCCUUGGCUCUCGCCCUUCCGGGCAAGAAGAACGGUGCGGCACAAGAGGGGCUAUCGUCGUCAUCCUCUUCCCCGUCAUCGUCAGCGUCAUCAUCAAAGCAGCCAACACCAUCGCGCAGCUUCCUCUCACUGCAAGGCAACCACCUUCCAUCCUUCAAUGGUAGCUUCACCUCCUCCCUUAAGGACCUUGUGCCGGGACUACACGGCAACGGGCAUGACAGCAGCCAGGAGGCGCAGCUCGCCUCGAUCAAAGAGGUAGCGGACGAGAAGCAGGUUGAGGGCGAUGAUGCUUCACCAAAGAAAGGUGUCAAAGAGGACGAGGAGGAGCUGCGUCGCGCAAAGAAGGAGGAAAGGCGCAGCGCAAAAUGCGAAGACGAGAGGAGGAGAAAACUGAUGGAGCCGAAGUUGCAAGAGAGGAGGAGACUACUGGAGCAGAAGAAGAGAGAUCAGGAUGAGAGCGCUGACCUACCGAGGAGGCGGCGGUCUGAGCAUCAGGAGCAGCAGCUACGCGAUGAGGUGAAGCAGGGGGUGUGACGCAACUACUAUGGAACCAUUGACUCGCCACCGCCUAGCUAGCAGACUCGCUCCGCAGAAGGCACAUCCAUUGACCACCACCAUCACCUCGUCUUGUCCGCAACGAAGUCCCGCUAAUCAAAUCAUGCUUUACCGAUACAAGCCCUCUCUCAUCUUUUCGCUCGGCGAGACUUGGCUGAAGCGGGUCAGCGUCGUACCGAUGGGCACAGGAACCAGUGAAGGAAAGAGGAAGCAGAUGUCUCUGCAUCGUCGGUCCCCGGUACAGAUGCCUCUACCGUGGCAGCCAUUGCGCUCGACAAAGCUUGCUCCAUUGCUACAUGUCCGGAGCGACUGGGCUGAAGGGCGAAUGUUGGAUGUCAACGUAUCAGACUUGGCUGAUACGUUGGCAGCUCUGUGAUCGCUUCGAGUCUUCCCUUCCAAUUAGCCCAACCUUCGCGAUGCUCUACCAAGUG